AUUUUUUAUCUUGCAUUUCUCCACAUUACUUUUAAUAACUUGUGCAAUGCUAUUUCUUGGGUUUUCAACUACAUACCACAUGCAACGAUAAUUAUUACUAAGUUCUUAUAUAUAGACAACGCUUGGUAUUUAUUGUGUAAGGCAAUUGAGAAAAGUGUGGGUGCCUUCUUUCUAUCAUAUACGAAGCAACAAGUUUGAUUGCAAGUUAUUUACGUCAAAAGUGGCAUGGCAUAAAUGCCAUUAUCAUAUAUAAACUGGUGGAGUAUACUCGUACAAAAUUCGAAACAAAUCCAUUAAAAUUGUUGUUGCAUUGUUAUGCAAGCGGCCGGACGCUUUCUUAUAAAUAGGAAAUUAAAAGCGGUGCUGGAGCAAAGAACUGAGUCCAUGGAGCUGCAUUAAACAAAAAAAAAAAAACAAGAAGUAGAAGAACAACAAAGAGUGUCACAUGCCGGCAACCAAAGUAAGAGCAACAACAAAAUUCAAAUCGCUAAAAAUAAAUUAAAAAAUGUUUAGUCGUAUUUUAAUAAACAUUAAGCAUCGAUCAAAUGCAACAUUACGCUCAUGGUCUUACCAAUGCGAGUCGAUAGUGGCUCAACGCUCACGUCGAAUCCAACAACUUUUUACCUUCUACCAUCGCGUUUAUGGUUCAAACGGUCUGCAGCGAUUACUACGAUCUUAUCACAAGCAAUUUGAACCGCCUUUAAGAGGUAUAAUGCUAAGCGCUGUCGGAGCUGUUGGUUUAAAUAUCAGUACAGCUAUUGAAGCGGCCGGAUUCAAUUGGGACAGAGAGCGCUUGAGCCUAAAAAAUUUUGACCUUUGCCGAAGAGAUCUUGAAUUUUUAAAUGAGUUGCCAAAAAAUGAACUAUGUUCUCUUUGCAAGGAUAAGCACAUGAAAUACUGUUAUUGUUCAGUAGGAAACAAAAAGUGUAAGUCUUCGAAAGAUGGGCAAGAGAGUAUGCGCAACUGUCGAGGACCACUAAGAUUAAAAAGAGAUACUGUGCCUAUAGGAAAUAAAUUAAUAGAAACAGUUAGUGAAAAUUUAUGGGAACCAUACUUUUGCAAAGAUGAGUUCUCUGUUUGGAGGCGUGAGGAAAAGUCAUCUAUGUACUCCUAUAAGGUAUACGCCCGCUUUGAUGAUAUUUCUGCCGAAGAUCUUCUACAUGUACAGACUGACUUAGAAUAUCGUCGAUUAUGGGAUGAAACCGCGAUCCAGUUGAAAAUGAUAGAAGAAGAUCCACGGCCUAAUACAAAUUCUCAUCUUAUAUACUGGGAAAUGCAAUGGCCGAAGCUUUUCUCCAAUCGCGAUUACGUCUACUGUCGUCGUUUUGUGAAAGACGAAAACCUCAAUGUUAUGAUGGUGUGUAGUCGUGGUACGGAACAUCCCAAAUAUCCCUUAUAUUCAAACAAAGUGAGGGUUAACGAUUAUUGGAGUUUGAUGGUUAUAAAACCCUAUCAAACUUUUAAUGAACCGGGAGUCCACUACAUACUUACAUAUUUCGAUGAUCCAGGUCUACCAAUCCCACAAAAUAUUAAAUCAUGGGUAACACAAAAACAAAUGCCUGAAUUUCUACGUAAGAUGUAUGUCGCAACAAAGCAGUACUCAUAUAAACGGACACUCGAAAUGCAACACAUUUUUAGUAUAUCAAACUUUCAUUUACAAAGUAGCGAAUACUUGGCGAACGAAUCCAGAACGAGCUGGUUUAGAAAAAUAUUGCGUACCCGUGAACCAGGAAAGGAAAAAUAAGGCUAUCAUUUUACAAUAGUGCUUUUUGUUAAGAAGAAAGAAAAAUAAUGUUUAUUUUUUUAAACGGGUAGUGAUAACGCUGGUCAAAUCGAAUCGGUUUAUAUAUCAAUUAUUACAAAAAUCCAGUGAAAGAAACUAGAUUAACUGUUAUCGAUUGAAAAGUUUCGCUAUUUAUUAAGGGGAGUUCGAUAAACAAAAGGAUUUCACGUGAUUCAUAUUCAAACAAUUAUAAUGUAAAAGUAUAUUUAAAAUUUUAAAUUAAAAAACGCAAAAUAUUGGUGCAAUAAAAGCAUUUUAGUUGUACAGUAUAUAUGAAAUUCUAUUUCGUUUAAGUUUAACAUAUAUUUCACCUGAAGAUCUGAACAAUAUAAUGUCGACGAAUUUCAAAUAAAUAAUGGUCUGAAAUCCUACUAUUUCGUUGAUACAUAUAACCAUCGGUUCAGAAAAUGCAUUAAAAUAAACAUUGGAAAAUAUUUCAUAUAUAAAUCGAUACAAUUAGUAAAAAUGAUUAUUAUAAUUAGAAUAAUAAUAGGAAUAUAUGUAUAUACAAUACAUAUGUAAAUUCAUGUGUUAUUAGAAAUUUAUAAAACAAAGAACACCUCUAAUACAAAUUACAAUAAACAAACAAAAUGCAUUUAUGAA